GACUAUCCCAUAAAAAACCUUCCCGCACUCUUCACUCUUCCUCAUCUUCAUCAUCUUCUUCAUCAAUUUGGCUGUCAUGGAGCUGACCUCCACGACGGGCUUGGUCGCCGGUUCUCAUUUAAGAAAUGAGAUGCACGUAUUGCAUGGCAUGGAUGAUCAGCCUCGACCACCUACACGACAAUCCGUGGUUCCAAAAAUUUGUCGAGUUUGUGGUGACGAAAUCGGAUCGAAGGAGAAUGGUGAAGUGUUUGUCGCUUGUUACGAAUGUGGGUUCCCUGUAUGCCGGCCUUGUUACGAGUAUGAGAGGAGUGAAGGAAACCAAUGUUGCCCUCAAUGCAAUACUCGUUACAAGCGUCACAAAGGGUGUCCGAGAGUAGCGGGAGAUGAUGAAGACAAUGUGGAUGGAGACGAUUUCGAAGAUGAAUUUCAGACUAAGAACAAUCAACUUGAAACACCAAACCAGCAUCAUGUUCAAGUCAAUAAUCCUUCGGAAAAUGGUGACUAUAAUCCUCACCUGUUUCGUCAUCCAAAUGGACCAGCUUACUCGUCAAUUGCAGGAAGUGUUACCGGUAAGGAGUUUGAUGGGGAGAAAGACAUGUACAGCAAUGUAGAAUGGAAGGAAAGAGUAGAGAAAUGGAAAGCUAAGCAAGAAAAGGGAGGUUUAGUUAGUAAAGACGAUGGAGGCGACGAUCAAGGGGAUGAAGACGAUGUUCUAAUAGCUGAAGCACGCCAACCUUUAUGGCGUAAAGUCCCAAUUCCGUCAAGCAAAAUCAGUCCAUAUCGAAUUGUUAUUGUUCUUCGGCUCAUUAUUCUUGGUUUUUUCUUACAUUUUCGAGUUACAACACCAGCAAACGACGCAUAUCCAUUAUGGUUGAUUUCUGUUAUUUGUGAAAUAUGGUUUGCAUUUUCAUGGAUACUCGAUCAAUUUCCAAAAUGGAACCCAAUCAAUCGAGAAACAUAUCUUGACCGUUUGUCUUUAAGAUUUGAACGAGAAGGUGAACCAAGCAAGUUAGCGCCGGUUGAUGUUUUCGUGAGUACAGUGGAUCCGUUAAAAGAACCACCAAUUAUAACAGCAAAUACCGUUCUUUCAAUCUUAGCUGUUGAUUACCCGGUUGAGAAAGUUAGUUGUUAUGUGUCCGACGACGGUGCUUCAAUGCUACUAUUUGAUACACUGUCAGAAACAGCCGAAUUCGCAAGGCGCUGGGUUCCAUUCUGUAAAAAGUAUACUAUUGAACCAAGGGCUCCUGAAUUUUACUUCUCCCAGAAAAUUGAUUAUCUGAAAGAUAAAGUUCAAGCUACGUUUGUGAAAGACAGGAGAGCUAUGAAAAGAGAAUAUGAAGAGUUUAAGGUGAGGAUGAAUGCAUUGGUGGCAAAAGCACAGAAGAAACCAGAGGAAGGUUGGGUUAUGGGAGAUGGAACCCCAUGGCCUGGAAACAACACAAGGGAUCAUCCUGGAAUGAUUCAGGUUUACCUCGGAAGUGCAGGUGCACUAGAUGUGGAGGGUAAGGAACUUCCCCGGCUUGUUUAUGUCUCACGUGAGAAGCGACCAGGUUAUAGUCAUCACAAAAAAGCUGGUGCUGAGAAUGCAUUGGUUCGAGUAUCCGCCGUUCUUACAAAUGCACCUUUCCUUUUAAAUCUUGAUUGUGAUCACUACAUUAACAAUAGCAAAGCUAUAAGAGAAGCAAUGUGUUAUCUAAUGGAUCCUCAACUGGGAAAGAAACUCUGUUUUGUACAAUUUCCCCAAAGAUUUGACGGUAUUGAUCGUCACGAUCGAUAUGCUAAUCGCAAUGUUGUAUUCUUCGAUAUUAAUAUGAAAGGUCUAGAUGGGAUUCAAGGACCAGUUUAUGUUGGAACAGGUUGCGUCUUCAACAGACAAGCAUUGUAUGGAUAUGAUCCACCAGUAUCAGAAAAACGGCCUAAAAUGACCUGUGAUUGUUGGCCUUCAUGGUGUUGUUGCUGUUGCACUGGUUCGAGAAAGCCAAAAUCGAAGUCGAAGAAAGGACUUAGAGGUUUAUUUGGAGGGAUGUACAAGAAGAAGAAGUCAAUGAAGAAUACUUACUCAAAGAGAGGUUCAGUGCCCAUCUUUGAUCUUGAAGAGAUUGAAGAAGGAUUAGAAGGCUAUGACGAGUUAGAGAAAUCAUCUUUGAUGUCACAGAAGAAUUUCGAGAAGAGAUUUGGUCAGUCUCCAGUUUUCAUUACGUCUACACUCAUGGAAGAAGGUGGUCUUCCCGAUGGAACAAACACUACUGCUCUUAUUAAGGAAGCUAUUCAUGUUAUUAGCUGUGGAUAUGAAGAGAAGACUGAAUGGGGAAAAGAGAUUGGAUGGAUUUAUGGUUCAAUUACAGAAGACAUAUUGACAGGGUUCAAGAUGCAUUGCAGAGGAUGGAAAUCGGUGUAUUGUAAUCCUAAGAGACCGGCUUUCAAGGGUUCUGCUCCCAUUAAUCUUUCAGAUCGGUUGCACCAAGUUCUGCGAUGGGCUUUAGGUUCAGUUGAGAUUUUCAUGAGUCGACAUUGCCCGUUAUGGUAUGGGUACGGUGGGAAACUGAAAUGGCUAGAGAGAUUUGCUUACACAAACACCAUUGUCUACCCUUUCACUUCCAUUCCUCUUCUGUUGUAUUGCACUAUUCCUGCUGUCUGUCUUCUCACUGGCAAAUUCAUUAUCCCCACACUUACGAACCUUGCUAGUGUAUGGUUCUUGGCUCUUUUCCUUUCCAUCAUAGUAAAUGGUGUACUGGAGCUCCGGUGGAGUGGUGUUAGCAUUGAAGACUGGUGGAGAAACGAGCAGUUUUGGGUAAUUGGAGGUACUUCUGCGCAUCUUUUUGCGGUCUUCCAAGGUUUUUUGAAGGUACUUUUUGGAGUUGACACUAAUUUCACGGUCACUUCAAAAACUGCGGAAGAUGCUGAGUUUGGUGAGCUAUACCUCUUCAAGUGGACAACACUUCUCAUUCCUCCAACUACCUUGAUCAUCCUAAACAUGGUGGGAGUCGUAGCUGGAGUUUCUGAUGCAAUCAACAAUGGAUAUGGUGCAUGGGGACCCUUAUUUGGGAAACUUUUCUUUGCAUUUUGGGUAAUCUUUCAUUUGUAUCCUUUCCUUAAAGGAUUGAUGGGAAGACAAAAUAGAACUCCCACCAUUGUCGUUCUUUGGUCCAUCCUUCUUGCUUCAAUUUUCUCAUUGGUUUGGGUUAGAAUUGAUCCAUUUUUGCCGAAGCAAACAGGACCAAUUCUUAAGCAAUGUGGUGUAGAGUGCUAGUAGAUCUUCUUCCUACAUUCUGCACUUUGCUUUGCUUACCGUGUCUUCUAUUUCGAAUGACAUUUUUUGGUUUGAUUGUUUUUCCCUCACUACGUAGUAUGUUUUUGUGUCUCAGCCAUGUGUUAGAGAUUGCUGGUUUGUAUGUAAGUUUGAACUCAAACGGAGCUUGUCAUACAGUGCAGUCAUGCAGAUGAAACCUCUUGUUCGAAAGAAGAAUGAAAAAUACAUGUAAAACAUUGUCAUGUUAGCAGUGAUCAAAUGUACACAAGAUGUAAGGAUUGAUCUUUGUUUUCUUGU